AUGCUGCUGCAACCCCAGUGGGCCAAGGAGGAGGCCAGGCAGCAGAAACCACAGCCACCACAGCAGCAGCAUACGCCCCAGCAGCAGCUGCAACCCCAACAGCAGCAGCCGCAGCAGCAGCAACCCCCGCAGCCCCAGCGGCCGACCGCCCGCGCCGCCCCGGCCAGGCUCCCAAGCGGCCAGUCGCCUGCCCCCACCUUGACUCCAGCUGCAGCGCCGGGCUGGGAUGAGGUACCGCCCCACAUGCAUUCCCUGGAGCGCUGCUGCGCGGCGCACCAGCGCGCUGAUCACAGCCCAAGCAGCAGCAGCGGCUCCCCCUUGGAAGCCGAGCUGUUCGCUCUCGACCCGGCCGCCGCGGCCGCCCUGCUCCUGCACUGGGCGCCGCAGUCGCGGCCCUUUCAGGCCGAGCAGCUGGCGCGCGCACGGCCGCUCGUAGCCGCGCUGCUGCCGGCGCUGCGGCGGGGCGCCGUCGAGUUUGGCAGGCAGCAGCUCGCGGACGUCGCGUGGGGGCUGUCGCAUUUCGAUGCCGUCCGUUUUUCUGCCCUCCACGGUGCUUCCGCGGCGGCCGUCGCCAGGUAUGGCCAACAUGUUGACGACCAGCAGCAGCAGCAGCAGCAGCAGCAGCAGCAGGAGGAGGAGCAGGUGCAGCAGCAGCAGCAGCACGGCGACCACUGGUCGGCCGAGUUUUGCGAAGCCAUGCAGGUGCCCUUCAGGGUGCUGCCCUGCGCGCUGCAGGACCUGCGGCUGCCCGACUUCCUGGAGGAGCUCGGGCCGGCGCUGAGGCGUGACGUCAUCUACCUAGACGGUGGCGCUCGCGCGGUCGAGGAGGCGCGGCUCACCGGAUGGCAGAGCGACAUCGGAGCAACAUUCAAGUACUCUGGGAAAGAGAUGGCCCCGCUGGCGGGUGGCCUGACGCCGCACGUGGCGGCGGUGCGGGACCGGCUGCUGUUGCUGACAGGGCAGCACUACGACAGCGUGUUGGUCAACCUGUAUGAGGACGGGAAGUGCGGCAUGAGGUACCACGUGGACCCGCUGUACGACGCCUGGACCCCCAACACCGCCGUGGUCAGCCUGGGCGCCACGCGCCAGUUUGUGUUCCGGGACGCGGCCGACCACGCCUGCAGGUGGAGCUACCCAGUGUCGAACGGCGACGUGGUGGAGAUGUUUGGGGACUGCCAGGAGCGGCUGCAGCACUGCAUUAAAGUGGAGCGGCGCGCGAGGGACGCCGGCCCGCGGAUAUCGCUCGUAUUCAAGCAGCGCAUACGGCACGCAGACGGCAGCUAUGCGGGCAUGUAA